UAAAUCCUUGAAUAAUUCAUCUAAUUCCAUAAUAAGUUCCUUUGAUCUUUAAUUCAAUUGUGCUUCGAUAUUUCAAUUGGACCUGCUAGCUCGUAACUUCGGGACCGAAAUUCAUUAUUUUCAUCGAAAUUCGAUAUUUUCACCCAACUCGACGAGCCAUGAACGGUCAGACUGAGGCCGCUAACGGGCGCUCGAGCAGCCCGUGCGAGGGCAGCAGCAGCAGCGGGGGCGACGGCGACGGGCAGCUGACGUACUCGUGGCGCGACGUCAACGUCUACGUCACCAGGAAGGAGAAGACGUCCGUCAGGCUCACUAAACUCGCAUGCAGGAGCAGCGAGAAACCGCAGGAGCGACGUAUUCUGAAUAAUGUAAACGGCGUGUGUCGCCCUGGCGAACUGCUGGCCGUGAUGGGUGCGUCAGGUGCUGGAAAAACAACGUUAUUGAACGUCCUAACGCACCGUAAUAACGACAAGGUGCGCGUGACAGGCGACCUGCACGUCAACGGUCGCCCUGUACACCCCGACAGCCUGACGAGCCUAUCGGCCUACGUGCAACAAGACGACCUCUUCAUAGGCCUACUAACUGUACGAGAACAGCUUAUAUUCCAAGCCAUGUUGCGCAUGGACCGCGACAUUACCCUCGAACAGAGGGUAAUGAGGGUAGAAGAGGUUAUCAUGGAGCUCGGACUCACAAAAUGUGCCUUCACAAAAAUAGGAGUUCCUGGCAGGAUUAAAGGAAUCUCAGGAGGGGAAAUGAAGAGGUUAGCAUUCGCUUGUGAGGUACUCACGAACCCACCAUUGAUGUUUUGUGAUGAACCCACCAGUGGGUUGGACUCAUUCAUGGCCCAGGCUGUGGUGGGUGUGAUGAAGAUGAUGGCAGAGCGUGGCAAGACCAUCAUUGCUACCAUUCAUCAGCCCAGCUCUGAGGUGUACGCCAUGUUUGACCGCGUCCUGCUCAUGGCUGAAGGACGCGUCGCGUUCCUGGGGGAUGCUGAUGCUGCUUAUCUCUUCUUCAGCCGGGUGGGGUUGCCCUGUCCCCCCAACUACAACCCCGCUGACUUCUUCAUCUCAACUCUGGCCAUCCAACCCGGGAAGGACGAAGCCUGUCGUGCGGCCAUUGCCACGCUGUGCGACGAGUUCGCUUCUUCCCAUGAUGGACAGAUGGUGGCCCAGGCCAUUGAGGACAACAUGGUCGCUGACGAGUCUGGGUUCCCGUACUCACCCCUGGAGGAGGCGCGGGUGAGGCGCUCCCCCUACAGGGCGCGCUGGUUGACCCAGUUUAGGUGGGUCAUGUGGAGGUCAUGGCUUGAGGUCACCAGGGAACCCACGCUCAUCAAAGUCCGCUUCUUCCAAGUCUUCCUGAUAGCCGUGCUGCUGGGUAUCAUCUACUUCCAACAAACACCAUCACAGGACAGCGUCACUAACAUCAACGGCGCCAUCUUUCUGCUCCUCACCAACAUGACCUUCCAGAACGUCUUCGGCGUCAUCAACACUUUCUGCGUGCAAGUACCGGUGUUCCUGCGUGAACAUCUCAACGGAAUGUAUCGCACGGAUGUUUAUUUCCUGGCCAAGACUCUGGCCGAACUUCCCUUCUACAUCGCCUUGCCCUUCAUGUUCUCCAUCAUCGCCUACUACAUGGUCGGCUUCGGGGGCAACAUCGUCAACUUCUUCACAUGUGCCGCCAUCGUCGUGCUGGUUGCCAACAUCUCAACAUCGUUCGGUUACAUGAUCUCGUGCGUGUCACGCAACCUCAACAUGGCGCUGGCCCUGGCGGUUCCCCUCGUCAUUCCCCUCAUGCUUUUCGGUGGCUUCUUCCUCAACAACGGCUCGACGCCUGAUUGGCUGGCGUGGGUGCGGUACGCCUCUUGGUUCAGCUACGGGAAUGAAGCGCUCUUAAUCAAUCAGUGGCGGUCGGUGGAAUCAAUUCCUGCUUCUGGGAAUCGUACGAGAUUCCCGAACGGCGAGGCGGUGCUGCGAUUCCUGAAUUACCAGGAUGGCAGCAUCGGCGUGGACGUGUGUUGCCUUUGUCUGUUACUGAUCCUAUACAGGACUCUGGCCUUCCUAGGCCUCCUGUCGAAAACUUUUCGACGAUAAAAGCGAUAAAAAUCACGGCAAAGUGCAUUUACUUUCCUGCCACAUGUGCUUACUUUCUGCCGAUGACAUGGAGCAAAAUUCCUAUCAAAUGUUCUUACGUUAAAGCUAUAGGUAUACUUUCCAACCACAUCUUACUGUCCAGUGCUACGUGUACUUACUUUCUCUCACAUCCAAGUACUUUCCUUUGACAUCUACUUACUUUCCAGCUAGAUUUUCCUGCCACAUGUACCUACUUUCGUGUCACAGGUUUUUCUUUCCUGUUACAUGUAUUUACAUUCCUGCCUUGUUUUUGAAAUAUAGUUUUACAGCGUU